ACCGCCGGGCCAGAACGCCAGCGGCUCGCUCCGGGAUUGCUUGCUUGCUUGUUUUGCAGCCCACCGACGGACCGAUUGCUUUGGAUCUACCCCGCUCUACCUGCGCCUGAUCGUCCCGCGAGUCCGCUCGGGGUGAUUAUUCAUGGUCUGCGCCGCUGCUGUCCGCCUUGGGAGUCUAGGGCUCAGGUUGGCCACGCUCUCCCAGCGGGGGCGCUGGUGCCGCGGGAGCCUUGGCUUUGCAGUGGUCGAUGCGGAGGGGGGACUCGGCGGAGGGGGGCGGCCGGGGAGCGCCCUUGCCUUGAGGUCCGGACAGGAUUGAUUGAUUGAUUGAUUGACUGCCUACCUGCUUGAAGGGGCCGGGAAGGAGCGAAAUCUGGCCAGGGGGUUGAAGCAGCCGCUGCUCCUGGGCCACCGACUGCGGCAGCCUCUGCCUCUGGCAGCGGCUCACCCUCCCUCGCCGGGGUUCUUCUCCGCCAGCGCGCAGCCCCCGGCCGCCCGGGUUGGCUGGCUGGCUGGCUGGCGACGCUCGAUGAACUGCCUGAAAGAACCGCUCAGCCUGGAGCGUUUGGGAGCCGGGAAUAAGCUUUGCUCCACCUCCCCUUCCUCUUCCUCUUCCUCCUCCGUCUCCUCGUCUUGCCACCACCACCAUCACCACCACCACCAUCACCACCAGCAACAGCCGGCUCUGGUUAUGGCUUCAGCCCUGACCCCCGGCCAGCCGCGAUCGGCCCUGGAGUCAGCCAAACACCGGCUGGAGGUUCACACCAUCUCCGACACCUCCAGCCCCGAGGCCGCAGAGAAAGAGAAAAGCCAGCCGAGCAAGAAUGAGGACGCGGGCGCCGAAGAUCCGUCCAAGAAGAAGCGGCAGCGACGGCAACGCACUCACUUCACCAGCCAGCAGCUGCAAGAGCUGGAGGCCACCUUCCAACGCAACCGCUACCCGGACAUGUCGACGCGGGAGGAGAUCGCGGUCUGGACCAACCUCACCGAGGCCAGAGUCAGGGUUUGGUUCAAGAACCGGCGGGCCAAAUGGCGGAAGCGGGAGCGGAACCAGCAGGCGGAACUCUGUAAGAACGGCUUCGGGCCGCAGUUCAACGGGCUGAUGCAGCCCUACGACGACAUGUACCCGGGCUACUCGUACAAUAACUGGGCCGCCAAGGGGCUGACCUCGGCCUCGCUCUCCACCAAGAGCUUCCCCUUCUUCAACUCCAUGAACGUCAACCCGCUGUCCUCGCAGAGCAUGUUCUCGCCCCCCAACUCCAUCUCGUCCAUGAGCAUGUCUUCCAGCAUGGUGCCCUCGGCGGUGGCCGGCGUGCCGGGCUCCGGCCUCAACAGCCUCAAUAACUUGAACAACCUGAGCAACCCUUCGCUCAACUCGGCCGUGCCCACGCCCGCCUGCCCCUACGCCCCGCCGACCCCUCCCUACGUUUACCGGGACACGUGUAACUCUAGCCUGGCCAGCCUGAGACUCAAAGCCAAGCAGCACUCCAGCUUCGGCUACGCCAGCGUCCAGACCCCGGCCUCCAACCUGAGCGCCUGCCAAUACGCCGUGGACAGGCCGGUGUGAGAGAGAGAGAGAAAGAAAGAAAGAAAAAGAAGCCAGCCUCUUCGGCCGGGCUUCGGGGUGGCUGCUCUCGUUGCUGCGUGGGAGGGGGGGAGGAGGGCGGGGAAGAAAGCCGGCAAUCGUGCGUGACCGUCGGAAGGGACGAAGGCGGCUUCUUGGCUUCGGCAUCUUAAGGACACGAACCUUCCAUCCAAAGCAAACGGGCGCUGGGGCGGGCGGGGGAGAGCGAGCGAGAGGAGGAGCAAUUAGAGGGCCGAAUUUAAUCUACCCAGGCGGAGGGGAGAGGGCGAGAAGGGAAACCCUUGAAAUUACGGCGUUCUUUGCUUUUUAAAGGGUGUUUUUCGGCUCCUUAAAAUAAAUGGAAAGAGGUUUUGUUUGUUUUUUUAAGAAAAAAAUGGGAAAGAAAUGUUCCCAACCGAGACAAGGACAUAUAUUAUUAUAAAUAUAUAUAAAAUACGGACAAACGUUUGACUGGAUAUGGUAUGACAUUUUAAUGUUCCUAUAAGCUUGUUAUUUUUUAUGUUUAGCAUUGUUAACAUUAAAAGGAAAAAAAAUGACGGGAAAGGAUGUAUAUAUAUAUUGAAAUGUCAAAAUUAAUUUUAUAAAAGCAGUUGUUAGUAAUAUCUCCACAGUGUUUUUAAAAAGUUAGGCUUUAAAAUAAAGCAUGUUACACAAGAGAGUAGGGAUUUGUUUUUCUUUUCCGCUUGCGAGCAAGGGAAUGUAUAUAGUGUACUAAAUGCAACACUGUAUGUUUCUAACAUGUUAUUAUUAAUAUUAUUAAUAUUAUUAUUAUUAAAAAGGAAGUCCCAUUGUGUGAAUAUCAGUUUUUAGAAUAGUACCUCUGGUGGAUGCAAU